AUUUUGCAGAAGCCCUAGUAGCAUGAUGGGGCGGCCGAAAGCGAUACCAGAUGAUGACGACGGCGAACUUUCACAGUUCAAAGGUUUCGAUGUCGAUAACGAUUUCGCUAAGAGAUUGUUGCACAACAAGGAACGCGAGGAUCUUCAGCGAUACGAAGAGAAGAAUAAGCAAGGUCUCUUCAGCGAGUCCGAGGAAGAGCCUGAGACGGAGUCUGAGCCGGAUUCUGAUCUUGGAAAUCCAGAAAGCAAUCUCAAAUUCGUUGAUUUGUUGAUUAAGGUAAAGAAAAAGGAUCCUAUUAUUAAGGACAAAGAUGCUAAGUUCUAUGAGUAUGAUGAUGAGAGUAGUGAAGAAGAUGAGGUUGAUAAGAAGGAUACGAAAAAGAAGAAGAAGAAGAAGAAGAUGUAUUUGAAAGAUGUUCAGGCACAGCAUUUGCUUGAGGGAGGUCCUGAGUUUGUUGAGGAAGAUGAGGAGAGGAAAGUUAGGACUUACGCUGAGGAGCAGAAAGAAACGAGGAAAGCUGUGACUGAUGCUUGGAAAGCUGAAGGGAACGAGAGUGGUGAAGAUGAUGAUUUUUUGAGAGUUGUGGAGAAGGAAGGAGAUGAUGAUGUGGAGGUUGAUGAGGAGUUAGCUAAGAAAAUGGAUGAGUAUUAUGGUGAUGAAGCUGAGGCUACUGAGAAUCAGUUUUUGAAAGAUUACUUGGUGAAACAGUUGUGGAAGGAGAAAGAGGAGAGGGUUCCAGGUGAAGAAGAGUUGAAGGAGUUGAGUGAGGAUGAUCACGAGGUUUGGGAUCAGGAGGAUUUUGAGGCAGGAAGACCGUUGGAUUUAUUAAACUAUAGGCAUGAAGAUGAGAAUGCUGGGGACACUGUUAUGGGUCAGUCUAGGGUUGUGGAAGGGUCGGUGAGGAAGAAGGAUAAUGCGAGGAAGGCGCAGAGGAAGAAUAAAGACGAGAGGAUGAAGAAGGAGGAUGAUGUGAGGAAAGAGGAGUUGAAGCGGUUGAAGAAUGUUAAGAAGAAGGAGAUUAAGGAGAAGAUGAAGAAGGUGCUUUCUGUUGCUGGUUUUAAGGAUGGAGAAGAGUGUCCGUUAGAUGCCAAAGAUUUUGAUGAUGAGUUUGAUCCUGAGGAGUAUGAUAAGAUGAUGAAAGCUGCGUUUGAUGAUAAGUACUAUGGUGAGGAGGAUUCGGAUUUGAAUAGUGAUGAGGAUGAUGAUGGAGAGAAACCAGAUUUUGACAAGGAAGAUGAAUUGCUUGGACUUCCUAAAGAUUGGGAUGUGACUAAAGGUGGGGAUGUUUUUGCAGCCGCAAGAGAAAAGGUUUUGAAGCAUAAGGAAAACAUGUUGGGUAUUGAUGAAGAAGAAGAAGAAGAUGAAGAGGAAGAGGAAGACGAAGAAGAAGAGGAAGUAGAUGAGGAGAAGGAGGCAGAGGGUAAGAGGAAGAGAAAGCGAAAAACGUCUCUUGUACAAAAGACGAAAGAAGCUUUGAUGGAGGAGUACUACAAGCUAGAUUAUGAGGAUACAAUUGGAGAAUUGAGAACAAGGUUUAAGUAUGCGAAAGUACAACCAAACAGAUUUGAACUGGAUACAGGAGAGAUACUUACCUUAGAUGACGCAGAGCUGAACCAAUAUGUGCCAUUGAAGAAAAUGGCUCCUUAUGUGGAAAAGGAUUGGGAGGUGAAUAGGCAUAAGGUCAAGGAGCAGAAACGUAAGAUCAGGGAGUUGUGGGAGGGUAAACACGAUGAGAAGAAAAGCAAGAAGAGGAAGAAGAAUGAUGUUGUUGAGACCAAACCAACACCGAAAGAGGCUGAGGCUGAGGCUGAGGCUGAGGCUGAGGCUGAGGCUGAGGCUGAGGCUGAGGCUAAACUAUCGAGAAAGGCCAAGAGAAGAAGGCGUCAAGCAGAGAAGAAGCUUCCUCCUAGCAGAAUGGCUGCGUAUGGGAAAGCAUAAUAAUAAAAAGGGAAACUAAUGCAUUUUCAUUUCUGUUCUUUUUAAGUUUUGAGCUACAUUUUAAGUUCUCGAAUUUACUCUUGUUAUCUCCUAAGUUAGUGAGAUCAUAGAGAGUUUUAGCUUUAUCGUUUCCUAUUAUAGAUAUUUUAAGUUUAUCAGUUUUCGAACUGUAUAAGUUUUAGUUUCAUUGUUCUUCAGUGUUUUGAAUUUAUAUCAAUCUUUCUUCGUCAGUUUUGAUUCUUUAUUAUUCUUUUAGACUCGAAGAAUCAUUGGUUCAUUUAUGUAACAAUUCUUUGAUAAGUUAUCAACUAAGAGAAACUCCAA